CACACACACACACACACACACACACACACACCUAGAGAAGCGUCUGUUUUGGAGCAUGCUGAAACAGAUCACUCUUUCAUGCUGAACCAGGCGGUCUGUGUGUACCUUUGCUCCCCACUGGUGUUUACCUCCUCUCUCGCUCUGCUGCUGCUCUCUGCCACGUCAAAUGACUGCCUGGGUGCUUGGCUCGCUGCUCCGGGAGCCUCGCGGCCAAACAGCCUGACUGUGGUCACUCUGCUCCGGGUCUGAAGAGUCAGAAACUGUACUGGCUGGAAGAUUCCUGCCGGCUCACUGCUCCACUUCCCUGGCUGGGAUUUUGGCCGCGUCUGAGCUCGGAUGUGUUCAAGUCUGUGAGGACCCCGACUCACCUGAGGAGAUACUGGGAGAGCUGCUGUUGGAGCAGCUGGAAUCUGAUUUGUGUUUGUGCAGCUGAAAAAUGAGUGGAUAUCUUUAUAGAGGAAGGCACUGUGGUGCGGAGAAACGGGCCCGGCCCAAGAGCAUCGGACCUAUGAUGGAUUACUCAUGUGAUGAGACAGACAAAGGUCCACCGGUACAGAUGCACAGCCUCAGAGAGUUUGAACAGCACCUGAACGACCUGAAGAAGGAGAACUUCAGCCUGAAGCUCAGGAUCUACUUCCUGGAGGAGAAGAUCCAGCAGAAGUUUGAGGAGAGCAGCGAUGACGUGCACAGGAGGAACAUCGAGUUGAAGGUCGAGGUGGAAAGUCUGAAAAAUGAACUUGAGGAGAAGCAACAACUUUUGGACAAAGCUCUGUCAACAGCAGAGAGCCUGUCCAAUCAGAAUGAAGCAGAGCUGCAGCGCCACCUGGCGGAUCGGCAGGAGGAGAUCAGCCACAUGCAGGAAAUCCUUGAAACCAAAGUUCAGCUGCUACAAGAGGAGGCCGAGCUGGCGCGAGGCGAGGCCGAGCGGAUGGCCGAGCUGGCGGACUCCGAGGCCCAGCGCUGCCUCGCCCUGGAGAGAGAGAUGGUGGAGAGGAUGGAGGAGAGCGGAGGCUCAGGUGGACUGCUUACCCAGCAGGCCCUGGCCCACAAAGACAGGGUGAUCGAGGAGUUGACCCAGCAGAAACAUUUGCUGGGUCUCCGGGUCGAGGAGCUUGAGGUCAAAGUCCACAAUCUUUCCUCCACUCUCAAGAAGACUGGAGGAGAAGCUGAGGGUGAUGGCGAGCGCCGAGUCCACGCACAGAUGCAGAGGCUGAUUGAUGAGCAGCAGGGUCAGCUCAGCCAGUACGAGAGCGCUGCAGGUCAGUGUGUCGGUGAGCUGCAGAAGGCCCAGGACCAGGUCCACUCGCUCCAGGCCAAGAUCAGAGAGAGCGAGACCAGGAACCAGAAGCUGCAGGAGCGCCUCGGUGAGAUGGAGUUGGAGCUGCGUUCGGCCCAGGAGGAAGCCCAGCGACAGGAGAGAAACAUCCAGAACAUCACUGAUACCGUGAACUCCAAGGAGGCACAGGCUGCAGAGCUGUAUCGGGUGAUUGAGGAACAGAAUAAGAUGCUGUGUUCACUCAAAGAGCUCGCCAACCGCAACCAGCUGCAGCAGCUGCAGGUGUCCGGUGCAGAGAGUAUUCGAGGUCAGGGUGAGGUCCUGGCUCUGCAGGCGUCUCUCUUCCAGGCUCAGCUGGAGCUGCAGGCCGGUCAGCGGGCGCAGCAUCAGGCGGCCAGGACGCAGGAGGACCUGAGCCGAGCCCUGCAGAGGCUGGAGAAAGACCUGCAGGGGGCGCUGCAGCACAGGAGGGACACAGAGAGACACAACCAGGACCUGCAGCUGGCUCUGGAGAAGGCUCGAUCAUCCCUGCAGGAGAGAGAGGAGCAGCUGAGUGAGCGUGAGAGGGAGAGGCAGAGGCGGGACGAGGAGAGAGAGAAGACCAUCAGAAAGCUGAGGACGUCCCUGCUGUCCAAAGAGCAGCUGAUAGAGGACUGUGAGCUGCUGGAGGAUCCGAAGGAGAAGAGAGACUCUCUGCUUCAGAAACUCCGCCAGCGUAUCAAGGAGAGAGACCGAGCUCUGGAGCGAGCGGUGGACGAGAAGUUCCGCUGCGUGGAGGAGAAAGAGGAGGAGGCUCGUCGGCUUCAGCUGCUGCUCAGAGAGAAGGAGAGAGACCUGGAGAGGCAGCGCUGCGUCCUGGCCAACAACGAGGAGACCAUCACGAGCCUCGAGGUGCUGGUGCGAGGGAAGGCUCUGGAGCUGGAGCAGGUGUGCGACGCCUGGAGGAACGUCCAGCGGCAGCAGCAGGACAGCGAAGAGAGACAGAGCCGCAUCCUUCGAGAGAGAGACGCCAUCAUCGGUCAGCUGCAGGCGGCGCUGCACGCUCGCACGCAGGAAGCCCAGGACCUGCGCUGCUCCGUACUGGCUCAGAUCCAAUCUGCUCCCAGCGACGUCCUGGAGGAGCUGAAGGUCCGCCUCCAGCUCAAAGACCGCCUCUUCCAGGAAGUGCUGGCCGACCGUACACACCAGGCCCAGGAGCACCAGGAGCAGGUGCAGGGUCUGCUCAGAACCAUCGGCUCCAGGGACCAGUACAUCCAGGACUCCGCGAGCCGCCACGGGGAGGUGAUGACCGAGCAGACGGCGAGGCUCCAGGAGCUCCGCAGGCAGCUGAGCUCAGCUGUCGGAUCGAGGCCUGAUCCUGGAGCGGACCUGGCUGUGGAGCUCCAGGCCGUGCAGGAGGAGCUGCGUCUGGCUCUGAGGAGGGAGAAGGAGAGCCAGGAGCUGAGCUGGAGUCAGGCUACCAGGGUGGACUCCCUCACCAGGACCCUGCAUGUGAAGGAGGAGAUCAUCAGGGACUUCCAGAGGCAGUUGGUGGAGCCCUCAGGUCUCCCGCUGGUGGAGCGGUUGACCCAGGAGCUUCAGGAGCUGAGGGAGAGCCUGGGGCAGCAGGACGGUCCCCCAGUCAGAGGCCCCAUCCCGGGCCGCGACCGGCCCAACAGCAGGCAGCCUGAGUUUGGAGAACUGAGCUCGGAGGACGAAGACGAGGACGAUCUGAACAGCGAGUACACUGAGAGCGUUGAUGAAGAUGAGUCCAAGGGCUCUGGAGGAACAGGAAAGGCUCCGUCCCAGGAUCUGUUAUUCGAAGGUCAGGGACUGAUGGAGGUCAAACAGCUGGUGGAGCAGAAGAGGGCGGUGGAGAGAGAGCUGGGAGAGCUGAAGGCUCAGCUGGAGAAGGCCGGCUUCUCCUCUCUGUCACAGAUGAGGAAAGCUCUGUUCAGCCUGCGAGCGGAGAACGGAGAUUUAAAGCUUCAGCUGACUGAAGGGCUGCAGCCCGGCGGGAAACAGAGCGAGGGACAGAAGGUGCUAGACGGCGAAGAGGAGGAGGAGGAGGAGGAGGAGGAGGAGGAGCUGGAUGUGACCAUAGAAGGGGUGGAGGAGGAAGAAGAGGAUAUCUCUGAGCUGUGGGACGCCUGGGACGGCGAGCUGACUCUGUCACAGACCAACAUCCAGAUGAGUGACGAGAGGAAGAAGACAGCCAACAGGCCUGAGACGCUGCGCCUCGUCCCCAGCUCCUCACAGGUCGGUACAGAUGGCGAGGCGUCGGCCGGCCAGCAGCAGGGCGCCGUGAUGAGCGAGAAGACGGUGCGUCUGCAGCAGAAGAGCCAGGAGCUGAGGGAGAGACUGAUGGUGUCUGAAGCCACAGUGCAGGCUCAGGCCGAGCAGCUCAAAGACUACAGAGAGCUGCUCACGGAGACCUCCGUGCAGCAGGACAGUAAGCAGAUCCAGGUGGACCUGCAGGACCUGGGCUACGAGACCUGCGGCCGCAGCGAGAACGAGGCCGAGAGGGAAGACACCAGCAGCCCGGAGUUUGAUGACCUGGAGAUGUGUACGUCUCUGGACUGUGGUUCCCAGUGGUGGCCCGCCAACAGCAGCAGCAGCAGCUCCACCUUCACUAAAACCACCGCCGCCACCCAGAGCGAUGGAGACGAGUCGUCCCUGCAGCGCCUCGUCGAGGACCUUCGCUCCCAGCUGUCCCGCUCUCAGGCUGUGAUCCGCGGCCUCCAGAGCCGGCUCCGCUCCCUCUCAACAUCCAGCGACUGCACGCCCUCCACGCCCCGCAAGGUCAACUGGUCCUUCCAGGCUUCACCCUCCCAGAGCGGGGCGGAGGACGACGAGGGCUGGCAGUCAUCCGACGGAGGGCCCCUGGCUUCCCCCCGGCACCCUCACCCAGACAAGGGCCUGCAGGCUCUGGUGUCCCGUGUGGACGCACUGGAGGACCAGCUGAGGAAGGGAGGCAAAAAGUCUGUCAGUGAGGACGGAAAGUCUGCCACCUGGCCGGGUAAAUUCGACACUCUGAUCCAGACUCAGGCCAGAGAGCUGUCUCACCUCCGCCAGCGGCUGAGGGAGGGUCGGGGGGUGUGCAACAUCCUCACCCAGCACCUGGGAGACACCACCAAGGCCUUCGAGGAGCUGCUGAGGGCCAACGACAUCGACUACUACAUGGGCCAGAGCUUCCGGGACCAGCUGGCUCAGAGCGGCGCUCUGGCACAGCGAGUCUGCGCCAAGAUCAGCGGACGAGAUCACCCCGAAGAUCCAGAUGAGAAGACAGAGCUGCUCGCCAUCCGGCUCAGUAAGGAGCUGCAGCAGAAGGACAAGGUCAUCGAGUCUCUUCGUGCCAAACUCAACCAGCAUCACCACCAUCAUCACCGCUCCGACACGCCCUGCAGCAGCCGCGCCCUCUCCGACACCAGCGACCAAUCAGAUCGCAUCUCCUACGUGUCCGAUGAGCACGGAUCCACGAACGAGGACCUGGAGCUUUGCUCUGACGUGGACGCUGCCAGCGAGCUCGGCCAGAAGGAAACACGGACUUCUACCAGACUCAGCACAGAUUGCCACUCUCACAGUGGCACCCUGUCACGUCACCCGUCUGUCCCUCCAUCCACCACCUCCUCCUCCCACAGAGCCCAGUCCUGCCUCAGCUGUCCCAGCAUGCAAUGCCCCAGCUUGCCACACAAACCCGCAGACAUGCAGAGUCAGACAGCUCCAGCCCCAGGCUUCACCUCUACCCCCUCUUUCCACCCUCCGCCCUCCUCCUUCCAUCCUCACCCUACAACCUUGCGAACCCGUUACCAAGGCAACGGGGGCGUGGGUUUCUCCCUGGCCGAGGUCCAUCAGGAGCUGCAGAUGUUACAGAGGCAGCUGGGAGACAAUGAAAGGUUUUCCACUCCCCAGUCCAAACAUCUUCAGGGGUUCCCGUUUGCCCACCAGCAGUCCGACUCCUCGGCCUUCCUGCCUCUCUCCUACCACGCAUACCAGCCUUCUCCUUUCAGCAGCGCUGCCAGCAGCAGUCUGGAUGCCAGCUCAGCAAUGAAAGCUGGGGCUAGUCUGCUGGAGAGCAGUGCAUUGUGGGAUAUGACCUACAGUACCCGACCAGUGAAAGUGGGAGCUGACCUGUCUUCAGGAUCCUCGGGGUACCAGUCAGGCACCAGCAACACAGGUUCAGACCUGAUGAAGGAGCACCUGAGAGAGAUCAGGAGUCUGAGACAGAGACUGGAGGACUCCAUCCAGACCAACGAUCGCCUCCGACAGCAACUGGAGGAGAGGCUGGCCCGCACCGCCACUGAGAAAGGUGCUCCUACCAACAUCUACAUCCAGGGUCUGGACUCCGUCGGCCAGCUCUCCAGUGAGAUCCGACUGCUGAAGGAGGAGAACGUCAGUCUGCAGAACCAGCUGAAGCAGAUCACCAAAGAGGGCAGCAAGGAGGCGGAGCAGCUGAGGGAGGCGGCGCUCCUGGAGCGGGCCAGGUUGAAGGAGGCGGAGCUAGAGGCUGAGAGGUGGGCGGAGCAAAGCAGGAAGCUGCAAACUGAGGCUGAAGCUCGCAACCAAGAGGUUUCACAACUGAAACAGGACAGACAGCGGAGCCAGGAAGCCAUCAACAGACUCCAGCAUGAGGUGAGCGUCCUCCAGCAGCAGCUGUGUGAGAGCCGCAGUCUGGUCCACGCUCUUCAGUGUGAGCUGCAGGUGUACAAGAGAGUGUGUGGAGUCCCCGCAGACACACACUCAGGUAGGAGGGAGCUGUAUGAACUUCCAGAGACAAAAUGUCAGGCCAGCGACGGUGCCCACCUCGAUCACGGCACUGCGACCUUUGACCCCAGAGAGCUGCACAUUCAGCUGGAGCAGCAGCUGAGCAGACAGGCCGACACGCAGCCUCGGUCCAGGAGACAGCUCUUCAGCGACAACGUUCCCUCCCCGCCGGUGAGAGACACUGGACUCGUCAGUCCUUCCUCUCCUCUACAUCCUGCACAGAAACACGCAGGAGGAGCAGCUGGUCAAGCAGCCUCGGCCCUGCAGGGCGGAGCUCCAGACGGCUCAUUUGCUCACCGUGAUGGCCGCCACGCUGUGGGCCACAUUGAUGACUUCAAGGCUCUGCAGCAGCAGAUCCUGGAGGGCGCCGCUGUCCUCCGCAACAUGGAGGCCGUUCUCUACUCCCCGAGCACCUCGAAGGAGUUCAGCCUUCAUCAGCCUUCAGACUCAGGUUCUGUCAGGAAGCUUCUGUCCGACACUAAAACCCUGCGACAGAUCCUGGAGGAGGCCGACUCUCUGCUGCGGAUGUUCUGGAGAGCAGCUCUGCCAAACGUUGAGGAAACCAAACAGGAUCAGUCUCUGAGGGAGGAGGUCGUUUCUCUCCGUCUGAGGCUCUCGGAGCGAGAAGAGGCUCUAAAGGACGCCAUGGAGAGAGUGAAGAGCUCCAACCGCACCAAAGAUAGCAUGGAGCACUUUAUAGUCAGCCAGCUGUCGAGAACACAGGACGUGUUGAGGAAAGCCAAGACGAACUUACAGGAGAACGAGCUCAGGAUUUCCUCCCUUCACCGUGCCUCUUUCUCCAUUCCUCCUUCCUCCUCCUCCUUUUCCUCCUCCUCCUCUUCCUCACAUCCCUGGCCUGGUAAAGCUGAAAACGCAGGACGCUUCUGUGAGCUCGCCUUCUCUCCUGGUUGGGGUGUCGUGAAGCCCCUGACCUCCUCCAUCUCCUCCUCCCCUGCUGUCCUGGGACCGGCUCACCGCCACCACCAGCGCCCCCUGCAGUCAGCCUUCCUGUAGUGCACCAGCCACCAAGUCCCUCAUCGACAUCUGCUGUUCAAACAGAAAAAUGCUGGAAAUUCUGCCUCUCUUAUUGGCCGGAGAAACAUUUCAGUUGAGUGACGUCUGAGCGUUGCUGAUGGUUUUAAGAAUGUGAAUGACUGUAAUUAUUUUAAUAAUGUGUGUAGGUGUUAGGAGGGCGUUUGUUGAGGCAACUGAAGUGUUUUUUUCUCAUUUAAAUGAGACCAGACUGAGUUUGGCUGAAGUUGGCUUAUGAUUCAUAGCUUCUGAUGAAGCCUUUCUUUUUUCACAAAUAAAAUCAAAAGUUAAUUUAGAGUCAGUUUACUCCAGGUUUGAUGAACCUAACCACAGCGGUUUGUAGCGCAGACCUGGUUUAAUGUAGUUUAGGCAGUUAAAAAAGGUUUUUCCUAAAUCUGAAUGUCUCAUAACCAGGGGCGGAGGCAAAGCAAGGGGGGCUUCUGGGGUUCUAGCCCCAAAUGUUUUAGGCUUUUAAAAAAAACGUUGGUAAUUUCACUUCAGUUUCUCUGGGCCAGAAAAUCAACUGAGCAAAAGGCUCUAAAAGAUGAUUUUUCCCCUGGACAACUAUCGUGUUUUACAGAUUUUUAGGCGUCCUUUUGUCUCAACUGACUUUAAAAGUGCGUAAAGCUGCUGGAGAGGGGAAGAAACUCUCCCCUGGACCCCCCCUAAGUUUGAGCUCCCUCCCUAAAACACCCUCAUGGGAGGAAAUAUUGUCCCUUAACUCAUAAAUCUGAAGCUCCGGAUCAGAAGCCGACUCCAGCCUCGUACUUCAGCAGGGAUUCAAGACACAAAAAAUCCCCCUGAUGCCAGCAGGAACGGGGCUUUAAAACAAAAAAAAGCCAAAACCAAACUGCAAAGUGCUUCCUGUCAGCCUCCGCGGAGGCUCGUGUUUGUAGUUAGCGUGUAGAAUAGUUGCAUGUGGUUUGAGCAGCUCGUGGAAACAAAGCCAUACUCUCUCUGACGGGACAGUAGAUAUGUUUUUGUUUUGUGGCCAACUACUGAUAAAAUAUGGAAAAUACUAGAACGACCAAUAGACAUUUGGGUCAGAUAGCCGGUAGAUAAAACACAGAUUUAGGGAUUUGUUUUCCCCCUCAUUGUUCUCAGACUCCAGAGUGUCGCUGUUAAAUGUGGAGUGAGUUCUCUUCAGAUAUUUAAGAUGAAUAUGGGUCCAACCCAGUUGUUCCUGCUGAAACCUGCAGUGUUUGAAAGCCUUAGUAAAGCAGAGUAAAUACAAACAUGCACACGUUACAGGCGGCACUCAUCGAGCUGCCUUCGGUAACCUGUCACACGAAAAGAAAUUCAUUUUAUAGUGAACGGUCCAAGAGAGAUGACAUUUCAUUUUGUGUAACCAGAAAUAUGGACCACACUUUUAUCUCUUUGGGUUGUUUUAUUUUUUUUUUUUUAAAUCUCCUUUUUGUUGUUUUUUAUUUUUAUUUUGCUAAAUUUGUGGAUUUUUUUUAAUGUUUUGAAUUUUCCCUCAAGAUGAUAAUCACUUUUAAAGAGACAAUCGUCAAGGGAUAAAACAUCUGUACGUCCAGAUGUUUUCUUCAGAGCUGCUGCAGGAUUCGUGACGCUCACUGUGCAAAAGAGACUUUUCUGAAACUGGGUGUUUUACACUGGCUAACUCCACGUUUUCUUUCCGUUGUAGUUUCUCCUUUGUUUCCCUGUAAAGUAGGUUUUCUGUUUCUUGUGCAUGAACUGAGGCUUCACUGCCCUCUAAUACUUUCACUGAAAUAUGCAAUUUUUUGGGUUACUGUGCAAUAAUAGCCUUCGUGGUUGCUUUUUUGUGGACGUUUUUAGGCCCUGGGUAUCAAAGUGCCAUGUCAUCUGUUUUAGCUCUGGAGCUGAAUUAAUUUAAACAAACUGACUCUUUUUGGAUGAAUGCGUCCAGAUUUGUGACAAUCAAUUUAAUGGCCCACUCGUUUUUUGGCUUCAUAUGAAUCAGAGUUUUAUACACAAUGUGGAAACAGGCAAAGAAACGGCACUGUAAUGUGUUUAUGAAGCAAUAAGAUCAACCAAAGUGAACAACGUGUACGUUGUCGAAUCAGGUGUAAAAUGAUCAAGUAUUUAAAUGUAAUUCCCCACAGGUCAGAGGUCAAACUUUAGUGUCUUUCUGUAGCGUCUGUGUGGGUUUUAGGAACCACGUCUCAUGUAUGUACAUAUUAAAGGGAGUGUGUACGUCAGUGCAAGUUCUUUUAUUUGUUGUUGUUGCUGUUCAACAAAGACCAGCUGUAUUUUUAUGCAUGUUCUCUUUAUUAAAAAAAUGUUUUUGGGGUAAAAGAAAAGAUCCUUUUUAAUAAAAGAGGACAAAAACAA